GGAAGGGCAGCAAUUGAACAGCAGCCCAAUUCGUCAAUCAAGGAAACCCAGCACAGAUGACAGCACAAGAUUCCCACCACCAUCAAAUCGUCGUCAACAUUACCCAUGUAUAAUGGAUUCACAGAUUGCCGUAACAAUUAGAACUUCAAUUUGUUGGACACUUCUACUCCUCCACAAACUCAGCUUCCUCGACUCCGCUUUUGCGCGUUGAAGAGUCUUGAGACGAUACACGAGACUGUUUGUGGUCCCUUUCUCCACAUAAGCCUCACUUUCUUUCUUUUAGCUGUCCUAUCAAAUCCUCGUUACUCAAGGCUCCCCUCCUUCGGCCUUUUUUUUUUUUUGGUGCGAGUAUUCUUGAUAAACCGAUAUAGGUAGUAUUAAUCUUUUCCUGUUCCCGCUUUUGCUUUAGGUAUUCUCUCUUGCGGUAGGAUGUCCUUUUCCUAAUUGGAUGUUAGUACUUCUGAUACUUGUUUGUUUAUCUAUCAUGCAAUUUCGCUCCUAUAAAAGCAUCAACUGAGUAUCUGCAAGUUUGAAGCAGAUUGUAGAGUAUACUACUCAUUAGAUUUGAUUUUUUUAAAAUAAAAGUUCCUAUAUUUAGCUUUACUUCGGUGGAUUUAAGGGAUGGAUUCGAAGGAAGGCAAUGAAGGGGAAGUUGUUGAUGAGAGGGCCAAGAAUGGCGAAAGCAAAGAAGAGGUAUCAAAGUUGAAGGGGUUGGGUAGUUUGAGCAGUAAAGAUAUGCUUGUGAGAGCAGAUAUGAUUGAUUUCAAGAAGUGGGACGUGCAAUUUGAGAAGCAGCUAACUCGAAACCGGAGUUGGUCGACGACGGGGAGAGAAGCCCACGUGAAGGAGGAGUGGCAAAUAGAUUUAGCUAAGUUGGAUAUCAGGAAUGUUAUUGCUCAUGGUACUUAUGGAACCGUCUAUAAAGGUGUCUACGAUGGCCUUGAUGUGGCAGUGAAGGUAUUGGACUGGGGAGAGGAUGGUAUUGCAACAGAGGAGGAAACUUGUAUUCUUCGUGAUUCAUUUCAGAAGGAGGUUGCUGUUUGGCAUAAACUUGACCAUCCUAAUGUGACAAAGUUUGUUGGAGCUUCAAUGGGAACAUCAAAUCUUAAGAUUCCUGUGAAAAGCAACUCAGCGGAUGAUCAUAACUCCCUACCAUCUAGAGCUUGUUGUGUUGUUGUAGAAUACCUUCCAGGUGGGACGUUAAAAAGAUUUUUGAUCAGAAAUUAUAGAAAGAAGCUUGCUUUCAAGGUGGUGAUCCAACUUGCUUUGGAUCUCUCAAGAGGGUUAAGUUAUCUUCAUUCCAAAAAAAUUGUGCACCGUGAUGUUAAAUCAGAAAAUAUGUUGCUCAACGCAAAUCGGACUUUAAAAAUUGCUGAUUUUGGGGUUGCUCGAGUUGAAGCUCAGAAUCCAAGGGACAUGACUGGAGAAACUGGUACCCUUGGUUACAUGGCCCCUGAGGUCCUGGAUGGCAAGCCGUACAAUAGGAAAUGCGAUGUGUACAGCUUCGGCAUAUGCUUAUGGGAAAUUUACUGCUGUGACAUGCCUUAUCCUAAUCUGAGCUUUGCUGACUUGUCUUCUGCAGUUGUUAAUCAGAAUUUGCGACCGGAAAUUCCUAGAUGUUGCCCUGGUGCGUUAGCGAGUGUCAUGAGAAAGUGCUGGGAUGCGAAUCCAGAUAAACGCCCUGAGAUGGAUGAGGUUGUGAGGUUGUUAGAGGCCAUAGAUACUAGCAAGGGGGGUGGCAUGAUACCUGAAGACCAGGCUCGUGGGUGUUUCUGUUUCGGCCUGAAGCGGGGUCCCUGACCUAGUGCACUCAGCUAGAGAUCAGGCAUCCCUGUGGUGCAGGCUUUGCCUUUUUAGCUUUGCUGUCCUGCACCAACAAGAAGACACAUAGUUAGAUUAUACUCCUCUUGGAACGUGUUUUUAUCUUGGAGAAUCCUUGAGGGUUUCAGUAGGUAGACACUUUAGUUUUAUUAGUCUUGCACCUGAAAUUCAUUCACUUGCAGAUAUAGUGGUCAACCGGUUGUCAUAAUAGUAGUGUUAUUUGAUAUGGAUGGAGCUUGUGGAUUCUUUUACCAGUUUUGUCAUCCUUUCCAGCAGUCGAGAACUGAGUACAUACAAUGUCAGUUAGAUUUCUUUAACAGUAAGCAUAAAAGUUGAAUUGUUAUUAUUAUAUGAUGCAAGUUAGCAUUGGAAA